AAGAUGUCGUAAUAUCGAUAGUAUGUUCCGAUAUAUCGAAGAGACGAUAUUGAUGGCAUCGAUCGAAGUAAAAUAACGAAGCCAUCACAGGUUUUCUCUUGACACGAAGAAGAUUGGACGUACCAUGUCAGAACAUGACGAUACUUUACUUGAUGAAGAUCUUGGGGAUGAGGAAUAUGAUUUGGGCAAUGAUGAGGAAGAAGCCCUCCUAGCUGAUGACUAUGAAUUAGAGAGGCAGCACAAUAGCUAUAAGGGAGAAGAGGAAACAGAUGAUGUACUGGACUUAGGAGUCACGGAUGCUCUGGAUGACUUAGAAGCAGAAGAUGAAAAUGUAGAAUUUAAUAGAACAAAGACUGAUAUUCAAAAUAAUUUUUAUGAAGAUGGAGAACAACAAGAUGAUGAAACAGGAUUUUAUAAACAAGAAAAAACUGCUGAGUAUAAUACAGAUCAAAUCAAUCAGUAUGAAACAAACUCUGGAUGUAAUAGUGCUAAUAUGUCUACCACUAUUGGGAAAGGUGAUUUACGAGAGAAGCUACAGAAAAACAUGCAGAAAGUCUACGUUGGAAAUGGACAGGGACUUGAAGAUGAUGAUUGUGAAGAAGCAAAGGAAAGGCGUAAUAGAUUCCAGAAUGAAAGAACUAUGAUUUCACCAAAAAUGAAUAAUGAUAUUCCUGAUACUUUGGAGAAUGUAGUGACUUCUGAACCAUCCAAACCAUCAUUUAGAGGUAGAGGAAGAGGACGAAGCUCAAGAGGAAACAAAGUAGGAAGAUUUAUUCCAUCGGUUAGUGGUAAUUAUAGUCCAAGAUUUGGUAAUACACGUGGUUUUGAUAAUCAGCAACCAUUAUGUAGGCCACUGUUGGAAGCUAGACCACCAUUUCUUCUUGGUCUACCUAAUAGUGUACAGAAUCAACAAAUUAUGUAUCAACAACCAAAUAGUUCUCCAGUACAGAAUUUCCAACAGUUUUCUCCAAAUAAUCCAUUACAAGGACCUACACAUUUUAUAGAUAAUAGACCACCAUUUAAUCCUAAUCAAUUUCAAAGCUCUAUGGGUCCACGUGCAAUCGGUCCACGAUUGGAGUUUGGUCCUAGAGGACCUAUUACAACACCAUUACAAGCUCCACCUUAUAAUUGCUCCAGUAAUCCAACAUCUUUUGUGCAAAUACCACAAGUUUUUCAAAGCUCAGGAGCUAUUAUGCAGGAUAAUCCAAAUCGUCAUUUACCAAAUAACCAAACCUCUUUAUUACACGGAAAUUCUGGUGGAUCUCUUCUUGGCAAUCCAAAUCCAAUAUUACCUGGUAAUUCAUCACAAAUAUUACAUGGUAAUCAAUCAUUACCGCUUCAAGCAAAUCAAAUAUUGCCAAUACAAGGAUACCCACGUCCACCGGUAUCCAAUCAGGGACCACCGAUACAAAAUCCUCCAAGUACGCAAAUAUCUAGUGGCUCUUCUUUUGAGAAUAGAGCACCUUUCCAAGAACAACAUUUUGAAAAUCGAUCUUCAUAUGAUUCAAGACAUCCAUAUCCAGAUCAAAUACAGAAUAAUCAAUUUAAUAGCAACAUAAUUCCAGCAGUCUCACAACAAUCUAAUUCAAAUAUACCUAAUGUACCCUUAACCCCAGGGCAUAAAAUAUUGAUUAAUCCACAUUUCCGAGGUGCUGUACAACCAACUAAUGAUGCAAGACUUGCAUGGGAUUCGCAACAUUCAACACCACUUCAGACUCAAGGUACUGGAGUCCAAUUUAACCAGCCCACUAAUAUGCCGUAUCCAAAUCAAAAUCCGUAUAAUCAGUCUCAAUCUCAGUCAAAUCAAUUGCAAUAUCAACAGAAUUAUCAACAAAAUAAGAGUGAUGAUCCUUAUGCAUACUUUUCUGAUGUGUGGCAAGAGAAUAAGCCACAAAAGACAUUAAAUGUUAGUCCGAGUAAACAGUAUCCGUUAGAAAGCAAUUAUUCGCGAGAAAGUGGUUACAAUGACAACAGUAAAUAUAAAUCAGAUGAUCAAUGGGAACAAAGGGAUAGUUAUCAAGAAUCGGAAUACAGAGGAUCUCACCCAAAUUAUCGAGAACGAGAUUUAUCAUCUCGAACAAGAAGCGAUCAUGCUCACAAGCCACCACGGCCACUUUCUUCGUCUACAUAUCGUAGUGAAACUUAUGAACAACAGAACCAUAUGCAAAAAUCUACUAAUAAUAGUAGAUCUAUAAAUACUACACGAACAGUUAAUAAACUACAGCAAAAAAGAACAUGUGAAAUUCCUGAUAGAGGAGGUCCAGGAGAUACAAGCCAAAAAAAAAUGAAAUCUAAUAAUAGAAAUCUACAAGAAGUACGAACUGUAGACACAUUAGGCAAUCCAGUUGAAGAAAAAAAGGAAGAGGAUAAGGAGGAAGAUCCAGAAAUGCGAGAAUAUAGAAAAAAGAUGGAAGAGCAAAAACGCCUAAGAGAAAAAAUAUUAAGAGAAAAAGAAAAUAGAAGAAAAAUGGCCGCUAUGGAAAAACAAAACAAACAAAUUAAUAAAAUGGAGACAAAUGUCACAGGUACGGAAUGUACGCAACAGGAAGCAAAACCAGUAUCAGUUCUGUUAGGUGUUGUAAAAGAUGCUGUACCAAACAAAGGUCGACCUGGUAUAGGUAGGGGACGUGGACGUGUUAUCAAUACACAAGCUACAGAGGGAAUUGAAAGAGCAUCCGGCACACGAAUUGUUAGAACUAUUCAAACUAUACAACCAAACGAUUCAGCAGAUGGACUUACAAGUAAUCAAAGCAGUGAUAAAGUUUCAACAAUAAGACAAAUAAAUCCACAAUGUGGUACCAGAAGAGUUGUGAUACAAAAAUCCAUCCAACCAUCUAACUCACAAAAAAUUGCAACAACCAUACAAAAAACUGUUUCAAAUUUACAAAAGGGACAAGGUUCUGGACCGAAUAUACUUCAGAAGCUUGUACAAACACAGUCUGGUAUUUCAAGAAAAUCACCAAUUGGACAGAAGAUGGGCAAUAUUGAAAGAAGCAUUGCUCCAAAAGUUGUUGUAAAUGCUCAAAGUAAUCAGAGAAUUGUACUUCAAAAAGUUACGGUAUCGCCAAAAAAGUUACCAGAAAUGAAAACAAAUACUGUUAAAUUGGAAAAUUUAGCAGCCAGUACCUCCGAGGCACAAAUUAGACGUAUGUGUCAAGGAAUCGGAACCAUAGAGAGUAUACACAUGGGCGAGGGUAAUGCAACCGUUGUGUUUAAAACACAAUCUGCUGCCAUGGUGUUUCACAAAAAAUAUCAGCGUAAAAUGCUUGACCUUUCGCUGAUAACUGUUCGUCUUAUACCACAAACAAGUAUAAACAAAGCAACAGCUACAAUCGUAAAAAAGUCUUAAAGAAAACGACAUGAUUUUCUUAGCAAAGUACACUUUUUAGCUUAUUUUAGUGUAACAAAAAUAUAGUACAUUUAUAUAAUAAUAUAAUUAUAUCUUCGUAAAUCUAUUGUCAAUAUUUACUACUUUCAUUGCCAUUUUAAGGCAGAAAUAUGUAUAAACAUUUGAUAUAUAUUCAAAUGUAUGUGGAGAAGAGUUGAAGAAUAUUUGCAUCACAUAAAAGAAGAACAUUAUAUAUCAAGUACAAGAAAUUUAUAGAGAAGGCUAGAAAAAUGAAAUCACUAUGGAUUACUUGAAAAAAAAGAACUGUAACAUAAUUAUGUAUCAUAUUGUAUAAUCACUUAUAUGCCACAUAGUUCAACAUGAUUAAUAAAUUUGUAUAUAUCAUAACAAAGGGGGAGAAAAAGAGAGAGAGAAAGAUGUAUAUUUCACAUAUAAUAUAUAAAAUUAGAUUAACUUA